CUGCAGAACGCCAAGAGCCACCACGAUUAUCGCAGGCUCCGCUUUGCACUUUGGCACUUCUUUUGCUUCCCCAUCACUCUCAAGGAUCGCAUUCUUGCGUAGGCAGUGACAAGCAGCGAAGAUGCAGAUCUUCGUUAAGACCCUCACGGGCAAGACUAUCACCCUUGAGGUGGAGUCGUCCGACACCAUCGACAAUGUCAAGAGCAAGAUUCAGGACAAGGAGGGAAUCCCACCGGACCAGCAGCGCUUGAUCUUCGCCGGCAAGCAGCUCGAGGAUGGCCGCACUCUCAGCGACUACAACAUCCAGAAGGAGUCCACCCUCCACUUGGUCCUCCGCCUGCGUGGUGGUAUGGCCAAGAAGCGCAAAAAGAAGGUCUACACCACCCCAAAGAAGAUCAAGCACAAGCGCAAGAAGACCAAGUUGGCUGUGCUCAAGUACUACAAGGUCGACGGUGACGGAAAGAUCGAGCGCCUGAGGAGAGAGUGCCCAGCCGAGACCUGCGGUGCCGGUAUCUUCAUGGCUGCAAUGCACAACCGCCAGUACUGCGGUCGCUGCCACCUGACCUACGUUUUCGACGACCCAAAGUAAAGUAGAGGAGGAGAAACAAAUGCCGAGCGCCUUUGCAUCUUUCAGAACUGGAGCGGAGAUGGAUACCCCAGCGGCAACAGGCUGCAAGAAUUUCAGGUAGCUGGCAGAAUUGAUUCAUCCUGUCGAAAACACACAUCG